AUGGAGGAUAAGCCGAAAAAACGUGGCCGUCAACCGAAGGUUGUGCAGGAACCGAAUACGAUGGUUCCGAUCGAGCAGGAACCCGAUCAAAUGCCCGUGAUAGAACCGUUGAAGGCUAAGGGUGGCAAACGGAAGGUUAACGUUUCCGAAGCUGUGGCCACGGCAAAGCCGCAACGAAAGGCGGUAGAAAAGAAGUCAAAGGUAACCGCAUCGGAGCAAAGUAAUGGGUUGAUGGAAACAAAUGAACCCGUAAAAAGUGAAGAACCGGUUAAAAAGAGUCGAUCGACAAGGAAGAAUGUGGCUCUGGAUCAACCCAACGUGGUGGUAUCGGAAGAACAUAAAACGAAGGCUAUGCCAUCAGAGGAUAGCAAUGGGCUAUUGGAAAAGAACAGACCGGUGAAGAAGGGUCGAUCGACGAAGAAGGAUACGGUAGUGGAACGAUCGGAACCAGUCACCACACCGGUUAAAGAACAAAAGACAAAAGGCAAGAAAAUUUUUGCUAAUGAUACCAAACAGUCAAAUGAACCGAAAAAGACAGUUGAAUCUCCAAUGCCUGCUAAGAGAGGAAGAGCUAAAAUCGGCGCUGCGAAGCUAGCAAACAAUUCGGAAGACACAGCCAACCCACCAAAACCAAAGGGACGAGGCAAAGGCAAAGAUAAAAACGAUUCUGAAACUGCAGCCAAAAAGAAAGAGGAAGACGCAAAAUCUCUGUCUGCUGUCGAAUCAGCAACAGCGGCUCCAAAACCAAACGCAAGAGGCAAGAAGAAGGUGGCUGCUGCUGAUGUUACUCCAGCUGUGGCUUCUGCACCUGAAUCACCAGCAAAGACCGUAGAACUGCCCAAGCGAAACAGAACUCGUAAGACGAUCGUUAUGAGCGAGGCCAAUGGAGAAGCUGAUGGUGCCAGUAAUACUAAGAGAAAAGCUUCUGCCGUAGCAUCCAAUGGAGACAUUCCGACCGUAACGCAACGGAAAAGGACUAAAGCACUGGUAGACGAUGCAGAGGAAGUGGCGGUACCAUCAAAAGAAAAGAAAGCAAAAGUAGCUACGCAGAAAAUGAACAAAUGUGUCACUGAUUACGGCACCAUCAACUUUGCGCUUGACGAGCCCAAACCGUGGACGCUAAAAAUCUCCAGCUGGAACGUGGCCGGUUUGCGCGCUUGGGUCGGCAAGGAUGGGCUGGAGUAUAUCGAGCACGAGCAGCCGGAUAUACUGUGCUUGCAGGAAACGAAAUGUACCGAAGAUCAACUGCCAGACGAAGCGCGUCACAUCAAGGGUUACCAUCCAUACUGGUUGUGCAAACCUGGCGGAUACGCUGGUGUGGCGAUCUAUUCGAAAAAGAUGCCCAUCCACGUAGUGUACGGGUUGGGCGAUGAGGAGCUGGAUUCCGAUGGUCGGCUACUAACGGCCGAGUACGAGAAGUUCUACCUCGUGUGCGUAUACGUACCGAACGCGGGGAAAAAGUUGGUCAACCUACCGAUACGAUUGCGGUGGAAUGAAAAGUUUCACCAGUAUUUGCGCGAUCUGGACGCUAAGAAGCCAGUGAUACUGUGUGGCGAUAUGAACGUUGCGCACGAGGAGAUCGAUCUGGCCAAUCCCAAAACCAAUCGUAACAAUGCUGGCUUCACGCAGGAGGAACGCGACGGGAUGAGCAAUCUACUUUCGCUUGGUUUUGUCGAUACGUUCCGGAAGCUUUACCCCGACCGGAAAGGAGCGUACUCGUUCUGGACGUAUAUGGGGGGAGCGAGAGCGAAAAAUGUAGGGUGGAGACUGGAUUAUUUCAUCACAUCCGAGCGACUGGUGGACAAGGUAACGGAUAACAUUCUCCGGACGCAGGUAUACGGUAGCGAUCACUGUCCCGUGACGUUGUUUUUAAACAUUUAA